AUGAUUAUCCGAAAGAGAACUGCAGUCAGUGAUGCAGCACUCAACAAAACCGGCUCAGCAUGUGUUGCUACACCUCUAGGUGGGACUAGCGACGACACCCCUCAGAUUAUGGACGCGUUCAAGCAGUGUGGAAAGGGUGGCAGUGUCGCAAUCUCAGAAGGCACAUACAAUAUUGGGCAGGUCAUGAACAAGUUGGAUUUCCAGAAUUGUGAUAAUCACAUCAACGGCAAACUGGUCUGGAGCGCGGAUUAUUGGCUUUCCCACAGCAUAUCGGUCAUAUAUGUAGGUCGUUCUACUGCACGGCGGAUCGGAGGCAAAAAUGUGGCCAUUAGGGGGCACGGGAAGGCACUCUUAGAUGGCAAUGGUCAGAAGUGGAGCGACGAAAAUAAGAAUGCUGGCAAUCAGAACGGCCGUCCAAUUUACCUGAAUCUCCGGCAAGCGACGAACUUCCUCGUUGAUGAAUAUCAUAAAACUUACACCAAGAAUAGGCACACUUUCGUUGCGCAUUCCCAGAAUGUCGCCAUGGCAAACCUCGAUAUGAAUACCGCGUCGAGCUCGCAGUAUAAAACGGUGAAUACGGAUGGCACAGAUACCUGGAAUUCUAAGGACAUUGACUGCAUUUCAGUCAAAGGAAACAGUACGAAUGUUUAUGUCUCCAACAUUACGUGUUACUCAUCGGGAGGAAUGUGCAUUGGCAGUAUGGGGCAGGACGCUUCCAAGCCAGAUUACAUCGACAACAGCAGCAACGUAGCAUGGAUCAAGACCUAUCCCGGCAACGGCCACGUCAAGAAUGUGAUGUUCCGGAAUAUCGAGUUUACUAAUGUCAACCAGCCGAUCUACAUCACAACUUUCCUGAAUUUUAGAGAGUACCAUAGGGUUGAAAUAUACUGGCACGUGUCCAACGAACUUCCCUCAGCAACUGGUAUCGCACAAUAUAUUUCUUUCAUGGGCGUCUGGGGAGGCCCCACCUCCGACCGUUCCCCUGGCACGCAUCUGCUAACUUCUGGACUUUAG